AUGGAUUUGACCAAACUCGCCAAUUCGAUCUGCGAGGCAGCGAAGCUCCUUUCAAGCGGGUCAGAGGUUGACCUCCAGCAGCGAGUAGAGUUGUUGCGGGCCUGUGAGGAGCUUUCUGCAAGCCUUGAGCAGCCAAGGUCAAGAUUAGAGAAAGCUACUGUUGCUAUGACCCCAAUUGUGGCCACCCGCAUCGCCAUAGACCUGCGCAUAUUCGAUUAUGUUCAGCAUUCUCCGAAAACAGAAUUCAAAAGAGACGACAUUACAUCAUUCGCCGGUGGAGAUCCAUUGCUUAUCUGUCGUAUCUUGCGAUCGUUGACGGCUUCAGGUAUCUUCAAUGUCACCCCGGAAGGGAUGUAUAAGCCCGACCCUGUGGUGAAAGAUCUUGCCCAGGGUGGCUAUCUGUCAAGCCAAAUCAUGAUGAACUUUGAUAUUCACUUUCAAAUAUUCGGCAAACUUCCACAAUACUUGAAGGAGACCGGAUAUAAAUCCCCCUCGAACGCCUACGCAGGCCCUUUUCAAUAUGUCUUUAACACAGAUGAGCAUUAUUUUGACUGGUUAAAGUCAAACCCAUUACAGCUUGAUGCUUUUAAUCGGACAAUGCAGGCCGGUGUUGCUCGUGACAAUGCCGCGCGAUGGACCGAGAUCUUCCCCAUUACGCAGAGAUUCCAGAAAUUCAUAAGUGUUGCCGACAUCCCCGCCGAGAAAGGUCUCCAGCUGGUAGAUAUAGGAGGGGGUAUCGGCCAUGAAAUCAAAAUAUUGCUUGAUACACUUCCAAGUCUCCAGUGCCAGUUCAUUCUGCAGGAUGUACCUGGCGUUAUCCAGAGCAUGCUGUCAGAACUCAAGGAACUUCCAUCCACACAGAUAGUGAAAGCUAUGCCGUACAACUUCUUUGAGACACAGCCCAUUAUAGGAGCUAAUGUCUACUUUAUGGGUCGAGUUCUGCACGAUUGGCCUGACGUCCAGGCGCGGAGCAUCUUGCAGAACGUCCGGGACGCGAUGGACAAGGAUUCACUGCUCCUCAUCCACGACCGCGUGCUACCAGACGGUGAAGCGAGAUUGAAACUUACAGAUACCAUCAUGGAUUUCAGUAUGAUGGUUUUACUUUCCUCACUUGAACGGACAGAGACACAGUUUCGAGAGCUACUCGUCUCGGUGGGGCUGCAUCUAGUGCGGGUGUGGCGGCCAGCCUCUUCCGGUCAUGCAGUGAUUGAGGCAGUUCGAACAGACUUAGUUCCUGGUGGGUGA